AUGGCAGAAGAAACAGAGCAAAUUGGCGGCAGCAAAGAAAAACGUAAAAACGCACCAUGUCAUGGCCCCUCAACCCAGCCACUGUUAAAAGAAUAUUGGCAGAGAAAGAGCCCUGGCGUUCCAGCAGGAGCAAAGAGGAACAGGAAAACAAACGGCAGUGGCCCUGAGACAGCCACUGCUGAUGGUUGCCACUCACCUGGAGAUUCAGCAACAGGUAUCCAUGGGGAGGGCCCUACAUCAUCUGCUACCUUGAAGGAUCUGGAGGAAAAGAAAGCAAACAAUGAGAAACAGAAAGCCAAAAGGGAGCUAGAGGGGGAGUUCUUUGGGCCCCAUCUCAACUGUCUCAUUACAGAUGAAUCCAAGGAUGUGGCUGGCUGCCUGCAACAUUCAUUGCAGCGUAUAGCAGAGUUAGAGUGGGCUCUCUCUGCUGUCACUGCCACACAGGAGAAGAAGGAGAUCAGUACCUCGAGCCGCGGUAAAGCAGUUAUUGAGUGGCAGUUAGAGCAGUCCAUACGGGAGCAGGCACUGCUGACACAUGCAACACAGUUGAAGGAGUUGGUUAAACAAGUCCAGCUAGAGAGAGAUGAAUAUGCUCAACACAUAAAAGGAGAGAGGGCCUGGUGGCAGCAGAGGAUGAGGAAAAUGUCUCCGGAGGGGAGCUCUGACCCUUCAGUUUGCACAUUGAAGAAGGAGAAGAAGCAUGAUACACAUCGGGUAGAGAAGCUGGAGAGGAGCUUGUCCAAACUCAAAAACCAGAGGGGCCCUUAUUGCCUGCUUCCUUUCUCCGCUGAACCCCUGCCUCUGGAGCCUCCAGCAGUGCCCUCUGAGGUAGAGCUGCAGCAUCUGAGGAAGGAGGUGGAGAGAAUGGCAGGAGAACUCCAAGCCCAGGUGGACAACAAUCAGCGCAUGAGUGUCCUGAUCUGGGGGCAAAAGGAGAGGCUUCAAGAGCAGGAGGAGAGACUUCAGCAGCUGGCCGAGCCACAGAGCGGCUUUGAAGAGCUGAACAAUGAGAACAAGAGCGCACUGCAGUUGGAGCAGCAGGUAAAGGAGCUGCAGGAGAAGCUGAGCGAGGUGAAGGAAACAGUAACCUCUGCCCAGCAGGAGCCAGAAGCAGUGAUCCCAGUCCCAGUGACUGGGGCCGAGUCUAUGAGGCUUACGGACCUCCUGGAGGAGAAGGCGGACCUAAGGGAGUGGGUGGAGAAACUAGAACUUCGAUUCAUCCAGUACUGGAAAGACAGACGCCAUCAGAAAGUUCAUCACCUUAUAAUGGAGCCAGGGGGUAGUGCCAAAGAUGCGGCACCAGGAGGAGGACUACAUCAGGCUGGCCCAGGACAAGGAGGAGAUGAAAGUGAAGCUGCUGGAGCUGCAGGAGAUAAUGAUGUGGCUUGUGGGGACUACAACAAGGGGCACAGCAAAUUCCCGGCCACUGCCCAGAACCCUGCUGAUGAGCCCAGUCUGGGAGCCCCAGCCCCGCAGGAGCUGGGGGCUGCCGACAAGCAUGGUGAUCUUUGUGAGGUGAGCCUCACCGACAGCGUGGAGCACCCAGGCUUGGGCAUCAACCCCUGUGUGCCAUUCUUUUGCCGGGCUUGGUUGCCGAGAAGAAGGAGAUAAACAUCACCAUCAUCAAAGAGCUGGUCAAGAAAUUUUACAAAAGGAAACAAGUUAUGGGGUUAAUCUCCUACCCAAUUCAUUUACUUCAUUUGAAUGUUAGAGACACUCAUGAUUAUUUGUGUUUCUAAUUUAUAAUUUAAGUUUAUUUGUAAAAAGUUAAAGGAGAGUGGGUCUCUGUGGCUUUCACUGAUAUUCACUCUGGCAUUCUUUAGCAUUUUUCUUUUUUUAAUUUCAUAAUUAUAGGUCAUUAGCAUGCAUAUCGAGUUUGCCCUUACGUGGUGGGAGGUCAGACACACAAAGACCCACUAUUUGCACAAAACUAUUGUUGCUGGUUUGGAAUAGGCUGCCAUGCUUUUUUAAUGUUAUUGCAGCAUGUAUAUUCAUUAUGGAAUUCAGAUAAAAUCUGCUUAUAUUCUGCUAUUAUGUUUGAUCUAAUCUUAAUCACUGCUCAAUAUAUGGUUUGCCCUCAAGUGUGCACUGUUUAUUACUUUGUAAUAUAUGCCACUGUGAGUACUGACAUUUAGAGUUGUUUAAAGGCUGAGAACUGGAAACAGCCUUUCCCCCAUUUUCUGUGUAUUGAUGAUGGGAGUAAUAACAUUUUGGGGGAUAUUUAAAUCUCACAGAAGAGGAAAGUGGCCUGCUCUGGCAGGUGUGUGCAGGAUAGAGUGCGUUUCAUUUGUUCCGGUGCCAAGAAUGAGUGCUGUACUGUGGUAGUUCCCUCAGGAUUUGUGUGUGCUCUGGGCUCAUGAAGAUAUUGUACCAUGAGCUGUAGCAGUUGUGCUCUUUCUCGAUGACCUAAAAAGGGAUUAUUUCUGAGGAAUGAAAGGCUCCCAUCGUUGACUGUAGAUGAUGAAAAAACAAUCAGUUCUAAAACCAAAGCUGAUUUUUAGAAAAUUUGAAAGUAUAAAUUAGCCCUAUCCAUAAUAUAGUUUCUCUAAAACUUUAUCUGAGUCAUUUAAAAAUAAUAUAAGUAUUAAAAAAUGUAACUGCUAUCUUAAUGUUCUGAAAUAAGUUAAAACAUUUUAAAAUAUGAAUACUGCAGUUUAAAAGAAAGAAACGGUAGGAAGGAAAAGUAGAGAAAGAAAUGCCAGUUCCAGUCCAAAGCUUUAGUUGCCAAGUUUUCUUAGAAUGAAUUUUACCAAUUUAUGAAUUCUUGUAAACAGAAUGUAUAAUGGAAAUACUGAAAGACUUUUGCCUGAAGUGGCAUUAUUGACUGCUGGUGUGAUGCUACUGUAAUGUAAUAAAUUAUUAAAUUGUUGCAAAGUGC